GGCCGGGGCUCAGCAAGCUCCGUGCAGACUGUGUCUGUGCCGGGACGCUGCAAGGAGCUGGCGGGCGGCGCGGAGGAGUCGCCGCGAUGUUUGACAGCUCGCAGUAUCCCUACAACUGCUUCAACGACGACAGCGACUACCCGGCUGGCAGCUCCGACGAGGAGAAGCGGCUCACGCGGCCGGCGUAUAGCUACAUCGCGCUCAUCGCCAUGGCCAUCCAGCAGAGCCCCGCGGGCAGGGUGACACUGUCUGGUAUCUACGACUUCAUCAUGCGCAAGUUCCCCUACUACCGCGCCAACCAGCGCGCCUGGCAGAACUCCAUCCGCCACAACCUGUCGCUCAACAGCUGCUUUGUCAAGGUGCCGCGGACCGAGGGCCACGACAAGGGCAAGGGUAACUACUGGACGUUCGCAGGCGGCUGCGAGUCGCUGCUUGACCUCUUUGAGAAUGGGAACUUCCGCCGGCGGAGGCGACGACGCGGCCCCCGGUGCGAGGGGCCCAAGGCAGGGAGCGCAGAGGGACCUGCGGAUCCACCAGAACCUGCCUUGGACCGCGCCCCCUGCCACCAGGCCGCGCCACCCGCCAGCGCCCAGGCCCUGAGGAACGACAGCCGCAGGGACAUCAAGUUCAGCAUUGACUACAUCCUGUCUGCACCAGACCCCUUCCCUGGUUUCGGGUCACCCUGUCACACACAGGAGGGCAGAGGCCCUUCGCUGGAGCCCCAGCAAGUGAGUCUCAGUUUUUGGGCAGUGUGAGUCCAUGCUGAGGCCAACCUUUGUGCUGUCUGGGGUCCAGACCCAUCCCCAGAAGCAGACUUGAACCACCCCGUGGAACCAAGAUGCCCAGGUAUCUCCAUCUUCAGACUCUUCCCAGUUGACACCCCAGAGUGGAGGGAACACAGAAGACUGUCUCUGAGAGGUAUUUACUGUGACAGUGAGACUAUAAAAGUUCCUUACAGGGAAACCCGCUCGAUUCCAGCCUGACUUUAGUGUUUGCUGUCAAUUCAUGGAGCACCUAGUCUGAGGAGAAAAACCAAGACAAUGUUCCCUGGUGUAGGGUAGCAUUUCCUUCCAGGUCCUGUGAGAUGUGGCUACCUAAAUAACCUUGUCCCUAAAUUGUUGGUGUGCCCAUGAGCAGCUAGUGAAGCUGCCUAGCACCUUCCAUGCACAUAAAGCUAACAGCAAACUUGAAGACAGAUGUUAAUUGGUCUUUGAAGAGCAGUUACCCCCAGGUUUAGGGGUCCCUGUUUGUACAACAUGGUUGAUGAGAAGAGAUUGAACCUCUCUCAUUUUUGGUGACAAUUUUCAAAGUCCCUUGCAGUUUUUAUACAGGAUAGAAGGAAGCAUGGGAACAAGAGACCCAAAUCUAGGGGAGACACUAGGGCAAAGUCUUGCUGGCUGUUCUGAGACAGGAGCAGGGCCUCAUUCCACCUGGGCUGGUUCCUGAACAAGCAGCCCUGCUGUAUAGCAAGGUGCAGCCUCUGAGCAGCUAAGGUACGUAUACUCCAUUGGAAAUGUAAAUGAUUUAAUUACUUCACAUAGACGGGAAGUUUUAAAAACAGUUACACACUGUGAAACUAUUUGACCAACCUUAUCAUUUUUCACGAGCCCAUUUUUACAGAGUUAAUUGCUUUCCCUGACUUAAUUUGCACAUUAGUAUGGAUUACAUCUAAUGUGAUCCGCUAGGUGACAAAGAUUGGUUCAUUUCGUGAGCAGCAAAAACACACCUAACGAGGCUGGCUGUCUGGAUUGGAAAUUGCAGUCUUGCUUUAUCAAACUCUUAAAAAUGGGUUGGAGUGUGUGAAGAAGAUGAGCAGGCAGCUGAGACAAGUGAGAGCCAAGCCUGGUCCUGCUUGGUCCUAGUGGUGUUUCUCUGCGGAAGGCCUGACAUUUCAUUAACUUCAAGUAUUCGUUUGUUCAUCUACCCUGUAAAUAGAGACUCUGUGUGUUCCUUUAGUUGUUUUGGAAAGAAGGAAGAAGGCAUUCAUGACAAAUGCUUGCCAAAAUGAGGGUGAGAUGCCCAUUCCCUGGCUUCUAAGCCCAGCCCGUGCGGGAAGUCACUCUGGUUCUGCAGAAGGGCCAACCUCCAUUCUGAUUGCUGAACAAACACCCCCUCCUUUGCAAAUGCCAGCUGCCCAUUUCCAGAACUCUUUACCGGGGAUGCCAACACUCUGGUGGGCUCCCUGUGCCAGCAAGGGAUGCAUAUGGCCCACACACCAGCCCUGGAGGUGGCGGCUGCCACUCUGUGCCCAUUUUAUUGAUGGGGUCUGCAGAGCUCCUUGCCCUGCAGGGCCUGUUCAAGGUGUCAGAUGGCCACAUGGUUGUGUGUGUGUGUGUGUGUGUGUGUCUGUCUGUCUGUCCCUGUGUCUAUUGUGUUUCUCUGCAGUCCUCCUAUUUAUGCCCUAUUGUUGGAUGUGCUAAAAACAUCAAUCUAAAUUCUACUAGACGUGAUUUAGAUGGUGGUAUGAUGCAGAUAGUACUAUACGUAGGUGUAUGGCACAGGGACUGUCCAAAGAUAUAUUUUUCUGCUACCAACUGAGCAAAUAAAAUUUGCAUUUCA